CGAGCGCUAUACACGAAACUGCUCCUCCUGGGGUCUUUAUUCACAUUACUUAUAUUAGUGUACACCCUCUCCUCUUCAAACCUCACACUAUCCUCAAUACGAAAUCAUUCAUGGACCUCCUCGUCAAAGUCCAGCAAAGCCCGGGCCAACGCGACAUCCUGCACCCCCACCGCGUACGCCUCGGGGUCGUGGAGAUAUCACCCGCGCACGAACGCGACGGCGCUGGUGCACCCGGAAGACGCGGUUGGGAUGGCGGGGUUCGAGGGGUGUGCGAGUAGUCGGGAGUUUUAUUGGCAUUUGGGGAGUGAUAAUGGGGAGAUGUGGGAUCGGUUUCCGGUGGUGAGUAGUUGGCGGUGGGGGUUGUAUGAUGAGAAGAAUAAACGCCAAUUUGUCCGAGAUUUAGUCCAGAACGGUGGAUGGCUCCUCAUCGGCGACUCCAUCACCGAAGGACACUUCUUCUCCAUCUCAUGCCUGUUAUACCCACACGUCCUCGCUACCCCCGAUUAUGUGCAGAAUCCGUACUUUGACCGCGCAUGGCCACAACACAUGUAUCUCAACCCCUCCUCCCCCGUCCUCCCCACUCUCCAAUAUCCCCCGGGUUUCAAUAUCUCGACAACACCGCUGAUCACAUUCAGACGCGUCGAUCUCUUACUCUCCACUUCCGAAUUGGAAAUACUCCAUAGAGAGAAACACCCAGAGAUGUACGAAGAAGACGGGGUAGGGAAUAACUUUACGUUGUUCUCCGACGAAGCGGUGUGGAGUUUAUCUCCCUCCACGUACAUCGAGAACCUCUUCCUCCUUCCCCCCCCGUAUGGAAACUACGCGAAUCUAAUAGUGAGCACUGCAGGGCAUUGGACUACGUCGAUGUUUAGCGGGUACGCUUCCAUCGACGGCCUCAUAUCCUUCUUCGCUGAAGCCAUGCACGCCUGGGCCACCCACACCCAACUCGCACUCGACGACGACUACGACUCCGGCGGUCAAAAAAAGAACCGCAACGUCCUAGUCCGCGCAUACCUCCCCGGCCACGAAGACUGUCACACCCACCGCGCCCCCGCGGCUCAAAUCCCUCCCAUGAAGUGGGGGUGGUACAACUGGGGAAGCAUCCCCGAGUUCAACCGUGUUUUUGAGGACAUCCUCGCCUCUCCCUCUUAUCCAACCACCCCCUCCUCCUUCCCAAACAUCCCCUCCUAUCCAAACAUCCACUACCUCCCCAUCGACAGACCGGCCCGAUUACGCCCCGAUGCGCAUGCGACGGGGGAUUGUCUCCAUAUUAUCGCGGGGGCGGGGGUGUUGGAGGGGUGGACGGAGUAUGUGUGGCAUUAUACGACGUGGUUUUUGGGGGGUGGGGAGGGGG